AUGUUGUCUACUUCUCCAGCAUCAGAAUCCUUCUUUAGAAACCCACUCCCCGCCUUUGAAGGUGGUCUCCCGCCUUGGGAUUCCCAAGAACCGCCGUUUAUCUUUCCUCCGCCGCAGGAUGAACCUGCGGUCAUUUUAGAACCACCCCAAGAACCGGUUAUUUCCAAACCCGGUUCGGAUAACUCAAAACCCCGAAAUUCCGGUUCGGUUAGAUCCAAAAAGUUAAGCUCGGGUUCUGGUAAAACUAAACGUUCAGGUGACAUAAUUGAUGAGCGAAAACGGAGGCGAAUGAUAUCGAACCGGGAGUCAGCAAGGCGGUCUCGAAUGCGAAAACAGAAAGAUUUGGAGAACUUGAGGAAUAAAGUUAACAGCAUUAGGAUUGGAAACCAGGAACUUAUGAACCGGCUGAGAUUGAUAUUGUAUAACGACCAAAUUGUAAGGAGAGAAAAUGAACGCCUCCAGUCAGAAUCCGUCGUGCUCCGGCAGAGAUUGUGGGACAUACGUCAAGUACUGCUAGUCCGGCAGCUUCAGCAGCAGUUAAAUUCCUCUUCAUGGCCAUGCAAUAACGUUACAUCCAUUAAUGGAGAACAUAUAACGCAUCAAUCAAUAAUUUCAUAA